CCCCGCUCGCUCCCCCCUCUCCUCGUUGUGACUGGCUGCUUUCCCACGCGCAAAAAGUUCAGUGUUGCAAAAAUCAUUCCCAAACCCACUUGGGCUCAGGUCAGAGGCAGCACCGGCCGCUCCCGCUGUGUCUGGCCGGGAUCGGAGCGGCGGCGGCGCCCGGAGCCCGGCGAGGCGGCGGCGGAGCUCGGAGGCUGCUCCAGCCCAGGGUGCCAUCACCGCGGGUGUAAAGCUGCUCCCGAGGCGAUCUCCGAGAGGCUUUGUCAGCACUCCUGAUGGGUCGGGAGCAAGGUGCUGUUUGUUCCAGGGAGAGAGAUGUGGGCAGUGCGCUGGAGGAGAGUGAAUUCUGCUCCACUCAUGGGGUGGUGAAGAAGGCUCUGGAGAACAGAGCAGCAACAGGGAAUGCACUCAGAAGAUUCCCGGGUAAAUGGUUCAGCUCCCAUUCCAUGCUCGUGGCGCUGCUGAUUCUGCUGCUCCUGGUGCUGGGGCUGGCUUUGGGGGUGGCCUUGGCUGUGCAGUCAGCACAGCUUCCACUUACACCUGCGACUCCGCUGUUGGUUCUGGGCUGUCCCCUUGGCUGGGUUGGCUACAAUGGAGUCUGCUACUACUUGUCAAAGGAUUACGGCACCUGGGAGCAGGGUCAGGAACGGUGCUCCGAGCUCGGGGCCUCCCUGGCCAUUCUCAAGGAUGAGGAAAUGGAUUUGCUCUUCCACCUCCGCGGGAACGUCGAUUACUGGCUCGGGCUGCGCAGACGGGGCGAGCGCCUGCACUGGGGGGACGGCAGCAGCUACAGCUCCUGGGUUCCUGUCCUGGGCAAUUCCGAGUGUGUGUACCUGGCUGACGAUAAAUUCAGGACUAUGAGCUGCUCAAAUGAGCGGCCGUAUGUCUGCAGCAAGGCUCAAGCUGCCCUGUAACAGGGGCUGGAGAAAGGACCUUGUCCACGCUGGGUACUGCCAGCUUCAGCUCUCAGCCCAGCACAGGGCUGUCCUUCCUCAGCUGUUCCCUGGGCCUUGCACUUCCUCUCAGGGUCACCUCAGUGCCUGUUCAUCCCCUGUGCCAGUGCUGGGCUGGGGGUUCAGAGGAAAAGUCUCUGCAAAACAUCCUGCCACCCAUGCUGCCUGCAGUGACUGGAUUGCCCUCAUUAUAUCUGAGAAACACGGAUCUCCAUUUGAAAUUUAUAUAGAUGUUUAUUAAGGGAUAAAAGGGAUAAAAUCCCUCUCUGGGAUGAUUGGUUAUUUGAACACGAUUCACUUAAAUUAUGUUCUCUAUAUACUGUGACAUUACAGAGUGUCUUCCUGCCAUCUUGUCGAUUCAACUAAGAUUUUUUUUUCUUGUGUUUCUAUCUUGUUGUAUUUUCAUUCCCUGAUAAUGAGAACCAGUAAAUUCUUCUUUUCUCCCUUUUUUUUCCCCUCUGGUUUCUCUUUCCAUGAUCUUGUCUUUAAGAUAAAAUAGUCCCUGAAUGUGGGAAAUCACUUAAUUAUUUUACACCUUUUUCUGAGUUAGUUACAUGAAACAAUCAUUUCAACAUUUACAGUCUCUAUGAUGCUAUGGUCUAAGAUAGUAUCUAUUACAGCACUAUUUAUAAAAGCUAUACAGUGCAUACAUAAACUGACAGAUUAUACUGUAUCAAAAGUGGUAAUUACAAAUUGUACUGUGUCAGGAUUUUUGUGAUCAAUAGUAACUUGCAAAACAGAAGUGAGUACAUAAAUGUGAAACCAGUA